UUUAGAUUAAAAUUGAUAUUUGUGCUUUUUCAAACCGUAUUUAAUUUAUUCGCCUAUUUUAUCUUUUUUUUAAGUGUCUAAUAUUUUCCUCAUACUUUUCUCUAAUUAAUAUUGCAUAAAUAAUUUUAUAUUGACAAACAAAAACGAUUAUAGUGUAGUGCCAUCUGUUGGUAAUUUAAAGUAUCUUUUAGAUAGUAAAUAGUUUCCGGGCCAAAUAAAAGGUGGCGACUCUUCAUUCACUUAGCUGUCAAAAUGUACGGAGUGUCUCCCCCCUGCGUUUAGCUCAAUCCAGCAGAGCACAGUGAAUACAUUGUUUCCCUUUUAAAAGUAAUAAGAAAUCGAAGAAUUAACAAAUCUUAUCAGUAAAGUGAUAAAAAAUAUUAAACAACUCAUUUGGAGCUGUUAGCGAUACGACCGCAGCUUGUUUUAUUCAGUCUCUCUCAUACUUGUGACGACUCGUGACUUGUUGGGCCAGUUCGAGAAAUUAGGGAUAAUUUAUUACCUUUAUUAAAAACAGCAACAAACCAUGGACAAACUGAAGAACAACUGGUUCACAGAAACAUGUGAGAUGUGGCCUGGUGGCACAUUCUCCAUUGAAGUCAAGGAGGUUUUACACUCAGAAAAGUCUCAAUACCAAGACAUACAUGUAUUUGACACUACUAGCUUUGGCAAAGUUUUAGUCCUUGAUGGUAUUAUUCAGUGCACUGAGAAGGAUGAAUUUUCUUAUCAGGAAAUGAUCUCUUUCCUGCCCCUGUGUUGUCACAAAAACCCUGAAAAAGUGCUGAUUGUCGGGGGAGGUGAUGGUGGAGUGGCUCGUGAAGUAGCCAAACAUCCCAAAGUUAAAGAAAUUGUACAGGUGGAAAUCGACGAGAAAGUCAUCGAAGUAUCGAAAAAGUACCUUCCAUUUAUGGCAGUUGGUUUCGAAAGCCCUAAGCUGACACUCCACGUUGGUGACGGGUUUGAGUUCAUGAAGAACCACAGCAAGGAGUUUGACGUCAUCAUCACGGACAGUAGCGACCCCGUCGGACCAGCCAUCAGCCUGUUCCAAGAAAACUACUUCGCGCUUAUGAAGAGCGCGCUCAAACCUCACGGUAUUGUAUGCUCUCAAGCCGGCACCGUAUGGAAUGAUCUAGAACUAGUCUCGAAUACAUUGAACAUUUGUAGGAAUCAGUUCUCUAGCGCCGCGUACGCGUACGCCUCAGUACCUACGUACCCAUCCGGACAGAUAGGAUUCGUCAUCGGAUCUUUAGACAAAGAUGUCGCCUUCGAUAAGCCCCAAUUCGUCUUUUCUGAAGAAGACGUAAAAGCUAUGAAGUUAAGAUACUACAGUACUGAUGUUCAUAAAGCCGCAUUUGUACUCCCAACGUUCGUAAAACAACAUUUAGGUUGAUAUAUUUUUUUAUGAAUUGUACUUAAAUGUGCAUUUAUGUUAGUUUGUAAGCGACUUAUCGAUAAGUGGGCAGGGGGCGUAUCGAAUCAAUAAAUCGUCCGUUAGUUAAAUUUUAAAUUGGUAGCUGGUAUUUAACUCCUGACAUAUUGUUGGUUUGUUGAUGGUUGUUUUAAAUCUAAUU